AUGAGCAGGCUAAACGCAGGCGCGUUCGAAUUCGUGCCCGGCCGAUCCUUCAAAGUACCCCAGGCCCAGCCGCAGGCUCCUCCACCACAGCCCAUCGAGCGUCCUCAGCAGAACGAGGCUCCCGCCCCCGCGCCCACCAUCUCUCUCAACAUCGGCGGCACACGGCCCCCUGCUCCGAUUACGCGCGACACCCCCGCAGAAGCGCCUGCGCCGGCUCCAACAGUUUCUUUGAACAUCGGCAGCGUCAAGCCGGCCCCUGCCGCCACUCCUCAGCCUCCAAAACCCAAGGAGCCAGCGCCCCCACCCCACCCCGUAGAUACCCAAAAACCAGCAGCAGUAUCGGCCUCGGUUGCUGCUCCCUCCGCCAAGACUUUUACGACUGACAGGGCAAAGACCGAUGUCACCGCGGUCGCACGGGAUGUGCAAGCAGCUGCCGACGAACAGACCUUGAAAGAUCUCUUCGGACACACCAAGGAACACUUGAACAUCGUCUUCAUCGGUCACGUCGAUGCCGGCAAGAGUACGAUGGGAGGCAACCUGCUUUACAUAUGCGGAAUGGUCGAUAAGAGAACCAUGGAGAAAUAUGAGCGAGAAGCCAAGGAAGCAGGGCGAGAAUCGUGGUACCUUUCUUGGGCGCUUGAUUCCACACCCCAGGAACGUGCCAAGGGAAAGACUGUUGAAGUUGGCCGUGCCUACUUCGAGACGGAUGCUAGACGAUACACCAUCCUUGACGCGCCAGGCCACAAGACAUUUGUGCCGUCCAUGAUAUCUGGCGCGGCCCAGGCCGAUGUCGCGAUCCUCGUCAUCUCCGCCCGCAAGGGGGAAUUCGAGACCGGAUUCGAGAAGGGCGGGCAAACACGAGAGCACAUCAUGUUGGUUAAGACGGCUGGCGUCUCGAAACUAGUCAUCGCGGUCAACAAAAUGGACGAACCUACUGUCCAAUGGGAUCAGACAAGAUUCAACGAGAUCAAAGACAAGCUCACGCCUUUCAUCAAGAUGGCUGGAUUCAAUCCCAAGACCGACGUCACCUUCAUUCCUGUCUCUGCAUACACCGGUGCCAACCUCAAGGAGCGCUUGGACAAAAAAGUCUGCCCUUGGUACACCGGUCCUUCAUUCUUAGAGCACCUCGACAACAUGCCUAUGGUCGAUCGCAAAAUCAACGCGCCGCUCAUGAUGCCCAUCUCCGAGAAGUACAAGGACAUGGGCACGAUCGUGGUUGGCAAGAUCGAGUCUGGCCACAUGCGCAAGGGCGACACGCUCAUCUUGAUGCCGAACAAAGUCGCAGUGGAGGUGGCGGGCAUCAACAACGAAAUGGAGGACGAAAUAGAGCAGGCGUUCUGUGGCGACAACGUCCGCGCGCGGCUACGUGGCAUUGACGACGAGGACAUCAGUCCUGGCUUCGUGCUCACCAGCCCUGGCAAGCCCGUGCAUGCUGUCCGCCAGUUCGAGGCGCAACUGGCAAUUCUAGACCACAAGAAUAUCAUUUGCGCCGGUUACACGGCCGUUAUGCACAUCCAUACUCUAGCCGAAGAAGUGACGCUCAGCAAACUGCUCCAUUACUUCGACAAGGCAACGGGUCGCAAGUCGAAGAAGCCUCCACAAUUCGCCAAAAGAGGGCAGAAGAUCGUUGCUCUUAUUGAAACGGCGCUUCCGGUCUGUGUGGAGCGCUUCGCCGAUUACCCUCAGCUCGGUCGUUUCACGCUUCGUGACGAAGGCAAAACGAUCGCAAUCGGCAAGAUCACCAAGCUCAUCGAGGCUAUUGAUGAAGUUGCAGAGGGUGUCGCACAAGUGUCCGUAUCCUAAGUUAGCCUAGACUGCGGAUCGAUGUGGCAUUGAGAUGCCGUUGUAUUGAUUCCAUGGGAAGCAAUGGCAUCCCUCCAAUUCUCGCCUGUAUACGGCGCGUGAUAUAGCAUCAUAGUGAC